CGAGGCAUACGGCAGUGGUGUUAGUGCUGGAGCUGGACUGCUGCUGGUGAAGGUGGUGCUUGUGAAUGUGAUAAAAGGUGAGGCAGUGGUGCUAGACGCUGGUGAAGUAACGAAUGAACGGUGAAGUCACUCGGACAACGAAAAGUGCGUGAAGAGUAUAAAAGUGAUAUGGGAGACUGGUGAUAGGUGAGCAGAGUACUGAAAACUGACGGCUCGUCCACUGCCUACGUCGAGCACCAGCCAUUUCGGGCACACCCCGCACGCCGCCGUCCCGGCCGCCUCGCCCGUCGGCGCUACCUCCGAUCUCGGUCGCCACUCAGCCCUUCAACAUCACUCGCUCCGUGAUCAUAGUCGCCAGCGACCGGUCACGUCUCCCCGGGGUCUACAAAGCCGCGGUGCCCCGCCUUCCGCCGCUGGACCGCUCGGUCCGCAGACCUCCUACCAUGGGGGAGGGCGGUCGAGCGAGGAUAGACUCCGAGCUUAGUGAGGGCACCUGUCGAGGUGAUAAGGGCCUCCUCAACACCGCCUGCAAGAGUGUGGUGCCGCGCAGCCGGCGGCCGCCCACGUACCUCCGUCAGUAUGACUGCCGUCCUCCUCCUAUCGUAAUCCCGCUCCUUUCUACCAUUCAACUGGUUCUGUUCAUCUACGACGGCGUGCGGCUGGGCGGUAUCACCGCCAGCGGUCCCGUGGAUCCCGAGUCGCCGCUCAUCUACAGCCCGUACCGGCGCCGUGAGGUGUGGCGCCUCCUCACCUACAUGCUCGUCCACGUCGGCUGGGUGCACAUCGUCUACAACCUGAUCGUCCAACUACUGGUGGGCCUGCCGUUGGAGCUGGUCCACAAGUGGUGGCGCGUCGGCAUCGUCUACCUCUGCGGCGUGCUGGCCGGCUCCCUGGCCACGUCUGUACUCGACCCGCGCGUGUUCCUGGCCGGCGCCUCUGGUGGGGUGUACGCGCUGCUCACUGCCCACCUGGCCGACCUGGUCCUCAACUGGGCAGAGAUGGAGUUUGCCUUCGUACGGCUUGGUAUUCUUCUACUCCUGGCUGGCACCGACGUCGGAGUGGCUAUUUACAAUCGCUACGGCACCGAGACGGGAAAUAAGGUGGCAUAUACGGCCCACCUGGCGGGAGCGCUGGCCGGUCUGCUCAUGGGUCACGUGGCGCUGCGUAACCUGCGCCUGCUGCGCUGGGAGCGUGUGCUCUGGUGGGUGUCGCUCGUCACCUAUCUGCUGCUCGUGCUUGUGAUGGUGGUGUUCAAUGCGGCCGCGCCGGAAGGCUAUUUUCCACCGCAGGAUGUCUGAGGAGACUGUGCGCGAUGGAUGGAGAGAAAGAAGACGCCGUGUGACGGUGGAUGGAAUAAAGAAAGUGAUGUAACGGUUUAACGAGAAAUCCAUAAAAGUGGUGAGGAAUCAUGAGUUGGAAUAAUUGAUGGCUGGUGAUGGUUCUCUGCUAGGGUCGUAUAAGUGAUCCGAAUGCCUGGCUUUCAGCACCGCGAGGAUAAGAAUAGAUGUAGGAUAAGUGGAAUCAAUGAGGAAGAUGCGAGAGGAUGACGAUAAAGUGAUGUGAAUCGUGAGAUGCAAGCGUUAAACUGUGUGAGUGCAGCAUGAGAGUUUAAGAAUUGUGAGCAGAGGCAUGAGCGCGCAAAGAGCUUGUUGCUGCCCCAGGCUGAAAGUGCCGGAGAAUAUGACGCGUUUGAACUUCGCGUUUAUGGCUGAGCAUUGAUGAAGCAUUGUGUGGAUGUUUAACUUCUAUGCGGCUUCUCCAUAGGGAAUUAUCUCUGGAUAUUGUAAUCGUAUCGCUAUGAAACGCUUGAAUCAGUGUACUUAGUCAUCAAACUGCAUAACAACGAAUGGCCUAACGCCCUUCUGCACUAUAAAUUUCUACAUCGUAUAUAGGUACCAGAAAUACUCACAGCUGCAGGCUCAAAGAGAAUCCAUGGCAGCAUUUCCGAAAGAUUUUAUCGAAUUUCUGUGCUGCUGAUUCUCCCUGUGCCCAGGUCAUUGAGACAAGAGUUGCUGCAGCCUGCAUAUGGCUCAUGGUAGUUAGGUAAUUAGUAUGUCGCGUCGGGAAAAUCACGUGUAUAACAAGUGUGUAGCUAUAUGAUGUAAGAUAAAUACACCAAAACCACCCGACGUUUCGUGGUAUUCACUUUUUCAAGGGUGAUAUUACCCCUUGAAAAAGUGAAUAACACGAAACGUUUGGUGGUUUUCAGGUGUUUUUAUCUUGUAUCAUACACGAAUUAAUUUGUCUGAUACAAAUAAUCAAGUGUGCAGCUAAUGAUAUGCAUUACUGCUAUCACCGUCCAUCAGUGUCGUCUUGUGAACAACUAAGCACCGCUGCGCUGGGGCGUAAGCUUUGUGACUCGAAUGCCUGUGUAAAAAAUCACGCCAUAAAAAAAUACAUAUUUUGC